GGUGCUCAGGGGCGUCGGCUGCUACAGUGGUGGAUAUGGCUGCAGGCUGUAUGGGGACUGUGCUUGUUGCCCUAGGGGUGCUUGGUGUGUGUACGGCUAGCGGCUCUGGCCCCCUGGCGGAGGUGGAAGCCGGCAGGGAAGCAGAUUGGGUGGAACCGUGGGACGGCGCAGUUUUCCGGUCGCCUUCAGCGCUGGGCGCUGUGGGGGUGGCGCAUAGACCGGGGAGCAGGCGGUCAGAGAGGGAAGAGGUGGACUUGCCAGUGCUUUUGUGGUGGAGCCCUGGGCUGUUUCCCCACUUCCCGGGAGACUGGGAGCGUAUCGAGUGUGCGCGUGGCGCGUGCGUGGCGUCCCGGGACCGACGGGUCCGUGGGGACUCGCGGACGCGCGCACUACUCUUCUACGGCACUGACUUCCGAGCAUCUGACGCGCCACUGCCGCGUUUGGCGCACCAGAGCUGGGCGCUUCUGCACGAGGAGUCGCCUCUCAACAACUUCUUGCUGAGCCACGCGCCGGGCAUCCGCCUCUUCAAUCUUACCGCUACCUUCAGCCGCCACUCUGACUACCCGCUGCCGCUGCAGUGGCUACCUGGGGUCGCCUAUUUGCGCCGCGCUGCCCCUCCGCUUCAGGAGCGCGCGGAGUGGCGCCGCCGUGGCUACGCGCCGCUGCUGUAUCUGCAGUCUCAUUGCGACGUGCCUGCGGACCGGGACCGCUAUGUGCGCGAGCUCAUGCGCUACAUCCCGGUGGACUCCUACGGGAAAUGCUUGCAGAACCAGGAGCUGCCCACCCCACGGUUACAGGACACAGCUACAGCGACCACCGAGGAUCCAGAGCUCUUGGCCUUCUUGUCACGUUAUAAAUUCCAUUUGGCCCUCGAAAAUGCCAUCUGUGACGACUACAUGACAGAAAAACUGUGGCGUCCCAUGCAUUUGGGUGCUGUGCCCGUGUACCGCGGCUCUCCUUCUGUAAGGGACUGGAUGCCGAACAAUCACUCCAUCAUCCUUAUUAAUGACUUUGAGUCACCUCAGAAGCUGGCAGAGUUUAUUGACUUUCUGGACAAGAAUGAUGAUGAAUAUAUGAAAUACUUGGCAUACAAGCAACCUGGGGGCAUCACCAACCAGUUUCUUCUGGAUAGUCUGAGGCAUCGGGAGUGGGGCGUGAAUGAUCCUUUAUUGCCUAACUACCUCAAUGGCUUUGAGUGUUUCGUCUGUGACCACGAGCUGGCUAGGCUGGAUGCCGAGCAAGCCCACGCAGCCUCCCCUGGGGACACCCCUAUCCCUGAGCCUCACAUUGCCCAGCCCUCACACAUGGAUUGCCCAGUGCCCACACCUGGCAUUGGCAAUGUGGAAGAGAUUCCUGAGAAUGACAGCUGGAAGGAGAUGUGGCUGCAAGAUUAUUGGCAAGGUCUGGACCAGGGGGAAGCUCUCACUGCCAUGAUCCACAACAAUGAAACUCAGCAGAGGAAAUUUUGGGAUUACCUACAUGAGAUCUUCAUGAAAAGGAACCACAACCUCUAACUACCCCUCUAAGAACCUUUAACUUGGGAGAGCUAAGAUGAGAAGUCCUUAUUCUACCAAAGGAUGUGAGGGACAUCCACUGCACAAACCCU